CAAACCGCCUCAAUUUGCGAUAUACCUUUCCUCGUCUACCACAUUCUUCACUCUACCGCGCAUAUCUAUAUGUAUAGAUCCUUGAAAAAAGGUAAAAACCCCCUACGUGCAGAUUGUGCUGUUGUUGGCAUGCUAUUGAUCUGUUCGUGAGACUGCAAAACAAAUCCAUUUUAGUUAACCCGCUUGCAGUGCCGGUCGGGCUUGUCCUAGCAACUAGCUCGCAGUUUAUAUCUGUAUAUAACGGGUACGCACAUACCCGAAAAGGUUAAACCAAACAGCUGCGCUGGUGUAUUAUGUUACACUUCAAAAUUCUGAGUGAGGACGUGUGAACGAGAGAAUGGGUAUCUGCCGGAGUGGAAGAAUGGCUUCCAAAAGAGGUUCUGCGAUCAUGAUGCAGCACAGGAACUGCUCCUUUGUUCUUGGACUCGGGGUGGUGGUGAUCACGCUAAUUGCGGCAGUUGCUUGCACCGAGAACGACCCCCCCAAUUCCAAUUCCAAUUCCAAAUAUGAGGAGGCCAAGGUGAAGAUCGAGCAUGCAGCGGGGACGGGGAAAGAGGGUGCGGAGUCAUGGGCAGAAUGGGCCAAGGACAAGAUCUCUGAAGGCUUAGGAUUGGGCACCGACAAGGCUAAGCAAGCUUCUGAUGCGGCCACGGAUGCUGCUAAGAAAAUCAAAGAUAGGAUUAAAGACUCUGCUUCUGGUGCUGGACAGUACACUGCCGAGAAAGUUGGAGAGUUAAGGGAUGCAGCCACAGAAAAGGCUAAGGAUUCCAGGGAAACAGCAGCGGAAAAGGCAGAGGAGGCCAAGGAGAAGGCGGCUGAGAAGGCAGAAGCAGCCAAGGAAGCAGGUGCAGAAAUGGGAAAGAUGGCGGCGGAAGAAGCCAAGCAAGGGUACGAGACCGCCAAGCACAAAGCUGCUGAGGCCAUUGACUCCAAUAUGCAGGCUGCAAAGGAAAAAUCUCGCCAUCUGAAGGAUGAAGUUGCUGCUACUCGUGACGAGGAGCUCUGAUCUGAUGAGAGAGAUCAAUCACAACACGAGAACCAUGCCAUUGCCACUUGUGGAAUGCCACCACCGAGUCGUUCUAUUCCACUACGUAAUUAUGUAUAAUAAAUACUCGGUCGUCUGUCAGUGUCAGCAGCCACUACUCCUCGUAACGAAAUACCAGACUGAUGGACGAGUGAUUAUUCCUCUCCUCUCUCUCGUUUCCUUUCUAUUUUUUAGGUAGGGUACUUUGGAUCUGGAAUUUGUUGUGCUAUCCUUUUUUUUUUUUUUAUUAUUAUUACUAGUAUUUGUAUGAAUAUGCAUGGUCAUGACUGGAUAUUACUUUGGGUGGUCUUGUUUAUUGACCGA